AAACAUUUGUCAUAAAUCGGCUUAUUUUUCCUCAAGUGAACUUGGACAACUUGGACAGCAAGAAUGAGUUCUACAAGAGAUAAACAAUUACCAAGACUUAUAUCACCGUCUGCUUUACGGCGUUCAACAACUUUUUCAACUAAAGAGAAUAUGCCCAAAUCAACUCAAGUAACAGCAAGAAGAGCUACUCACCUUCCCGGAAAUAAUGGUAAUAAUACAUUGAACCGACCAAAGUCUACUACAAUUAAAACACCCAGCAUUCGCGCUUCUGCAACAGCGAAUCAGCCAACAAAAAGGAAUGAAACUCUUACUAAUGCGAGAAAAGGUGCUUCAAGUAAUGUGAAAUGCAAGCCUUCGCUUGUCAAACCUGUACCACUAUUCUCAUUAAACGUUUCAAAGAAUAAAAUCCUUCAGCCAUCUCAGAGUACUUCUUUGACAAAAAACAAUGUUUGGUCAAAAACUGCGGGGCCAAGGAUUAAGACAACUGGCAGUUCACAGAAAGAUAAAAACAAUGUUUCAACAGACACAAAACUGCCAACGCGGCUUACGCGCGUUAACCCAAAUUUGAAUCGACCUUUACGUUCCAUGGUUACACCAGCUCAGAAAACACAAAAACCCGUAGCUCGUGGAAUAUCUAAAAUCAACACAAUUUCAUCUGCGAGAAGGAGGCAAACUGUUGCCCUCAAAGAUAUACAAGCUCGAUUUAAGCCAAAUCCUGUUUCUCUUCAAGAAAUUUUGUCAAGCAAAACAUCACGUGAUAUGACUAUGAAAAGACAAUCUUUAGCAUCUAGCAAACUCGGUUCAAUCAACUCCGCGAAACCUUCCAUCGGCUCGUCUCGAUCCAGAAUGACUUAUUCAUAUCGUGUCGAGAAACCUCGAGAAUCAAGAGCAUCAAUUUUUUCUGGCGCAUUACGCGUUCCCAAGAAUGGUAAUAUUAAACGAGAUUCUCGGAACACUUUGAUAGGAAAGGCGGUGUCUAGUCGUACAUUAUCAACAAUUCGUGAAUUACCUGUUCAUCCUAGUCAAAAUAAGCCUGUUAAAAAGUCUGCUAAUCAAUCACGUGGUGCGUCCCGCUUAACGAUGCAACCUGCACAGAGCCUUUCAAUAUCAGCACUUCGACGUAAGACUACAUCCAUCAUCGGUGAGAAACAAAUAAGUGUUACAGGUGCAAGUAAACAACAAAACCAAUCUGUGCAAAAUUCAGCCACAGUACAAGAGGUUCCUUCUAUACAACAAAUUCCUAAUGUUCAACAAAUAGAAAAUCCUGUUAAAACGGUUGAAUCGUUGAUAGAUCCAUUAAGAAGAAUGAGUAUACACCGAUUUUCAAGAAAAUCAUUGUUGAUGAAUGAGAACACGUCUUCUCGACCAAUGAAUACGCAAGAAACAAAUAUGCAAGCAUUACAACGUCGUGUUUCUUUUGUGCCCACCAGUAGUACUUCAUCAAAAGUGGUUAAUGAAGUUGAAGUUAAUCCUAAAACUAGAGGGAAUGAUAGUCAACAUCAGAAUACAAGAUGUCUGUCCCAAAUUAAAGAUCAAGUUUCAAUCCGCCUAUUGAAUAAUGAUCAAGAAACUAUCUUAAAAUCUGCAGUGAAAAUGCGUAAUGGAAACUUAUUUACCUUAGCUACAUCUAUUCCUUUGCUGUCAAGUCCAACUGAUAAUAAUGAAAAAGGUGAUGUGACGAAGGGAUUGUCCAAUAACAACAAUUUUUCAAGUGACGUUGAGAAAGCCCGUCUAUACGAAGAGUUGGAAGAACUCGAGAAACAACUGGAACAAGAAAUUUCAGAGGACAUGUCAGAAAUCUUAUAAUUUACGAGUAGCAACUAAUCUAGUGUCUAUCAUAGUGGUUCUUUGCUUUUUUUAUUAUUAAAUCUAGUAAAUGGAUGAUUAAUAUAUAUAUGUGUACAUAUAACAAUGUAUAUAUUUAUUUACUUUAUAUUCUACUCCUAAAAAGGUUAUACAAAUAUUGAAAGUUCUUAUUUAAUUCAAAAUUAUUUAAGUAAACCUUCAAGUGAUAUCACCAGAAUGUAAGUACAAUUUCACGUGAUACCAAUUCCACGUAUCAUUAUAUAUGACCAAAAUCCGGUGCGGAACUAUAAAAAUUACAAGGUUAAAUUUAUGUUUU